AUGUGGAUUAGGUUCUGCAUCUCCCUUCUCCUAUCAGGGUUAGUUCAUCAAGUCAAGUGUAUAGAUAGACCAUACUCGGAUAUGUACCUUCCAGAUGGAACCAAUGGCUUCGUAUGUGGAAUUAAUUAUUUUACGAUUGAGUAUGCACGGCAAGUGGCAAAUGUAAUUGUUGACACAAUUUUCUUUGAAAAUCAUUUCCAAAAAUAUCCGAAAAUAUUCGAAGAUACACAUCUCUUUAAUGUCAAAUCAGACAUUCUUCUCUCAUGGCCUGCUAAGCCCGAUGGUAGAGAUUACAUCAAUGGGAAUCCAGGGAAAUUCCGUCUCAUCAUCAAUAUUAGAGGUCAAAUCAUGGGUAUGGUAAUUAUAGACUACAGUAACCUCAAUAAAAAUGUCAGUUUCGAGAAAUGUAAACCAGUACACAGUUCAAUUGCUGAAGACAAUAUCCAAAGUAGACUUUUGGAUGAAUGCUGGAGAAUAGCUUUUCCCAGAUACGGGUUUAAUUGUGGCGCAAAAUAUCUCCCACUAUCCACAGUUAAGAGUGGGAAUGAUAUAGUCUCAAACUACUAUUUUCAAAACGCACUGAAGGCUCAAGUCAAUCCCAGUUACUUUGAGAAAUAUGAGGGUGAUCAAUUUAUCGGAGAUGAUCUUCGCGUUUACCCUCUGCAUCGAACUUCAACUAUUAAAGCUAAAUCUGGCCCACUUAAUCAAUUUCGUGCUGUUUUUGAGUUGAAAGAUGGUGAAUUCAAGGGGAUAAUCAAUCUAAAAGAUGAGGAAGCAAAAUGUGUAUCUAUAUGGGAUUUAUCAUCGUCCUCAUCCGAAACAAUUUAUAGUCCAUCCUCUAUCUUACACAUGGAGCGAGUGCUAGACAAAUAUUGGCCCAAGGCUUGCUUUGGAUACUGGUUUAAAUACAAAACAAUAUGGCUUUUUAUAGAGUUCGCCUUGAAAGAUUGGUCAGCGAAUUGGGGUGGUAGAAUACUCAAUUUUCCCAUUGUCGAACAGAAUGGAUCACUUUUCUGGCCAGUGAGAAUCCCAGAAACCCACAUCAAAAACUUCGCGCAUCCGUUCGCGAUAGGUUAUGAUAAAAAUCUUAAUUCUUACGGUUUGUAUCAAGCUCGAGUACACGAUGGUAUCUUGAGCAAUUUUCGAAAAUGUCUUGAUCUUCCUCUCGAUGAUAUUCACAGACUUCAGGGAAAGCUCAGCCCAGCCACAUAG